AUGGUAGUUGCACAAAAAUUCGUGGACAAAGGUGGUGUUGCCUCUUCACAGAUUCAUAAAUUUAGCAAGGAUUCUUGGCAGCUGCUUCUUGUGGUCUCUCAUGAGGUUGCACUUGGAUCUCAUCUUCAGCUGAGGCUUCCAGCAACAGAGCCUUCCCAUUCCCUGUGCAAAUGCCCACUGACAUGACCCUGUCUCUCCUCAGACAGCAGAGAGCUCUGCCUGGUGGAUGGGGGCAGUCGCUGUGCAGGGAGAAUGGAGAUCCUGCAGCAGGGCUCCUGGGGCUCCAUCUGUGAUGACAGCUGGGACCUGAAUGAUGCCCACGUGGUGUGCAGACAGCUGGGCUGUGGAGUGGCCCUGGAGGCCACCGUCUCUGCUCAUUUUGGAGAGGGAUCAGGGCCCAUCUGGCUGGAUGAGGUGAACUGCACAGGAGAGGAGGCCCAUGUGUGGCAGUGCCCUUCCCAGGGCUGGGGGCAGCACAACUGCAGUCACAAGGAGGAUGCAGGGGUCAUCUGCUCAGAGUUCCUGGCCCUUAGACUGGUGAAUGAGGACCAGGAGUGUUCUGGGUGGCUGGAGAUUUUCUACAACAACACCUGUGGCAGUAUCUGCAGCAGCCCUAUGGAACACAUGACCUUGUCCAUGAUCUGCAAACAGCUUGGCUGUGGGGACACUGGGACUCUGGAUUUCUUGUUUCCUCCCAGGGAAGGUUCUAGACCCCGCUGGAUAGAUGGAAUCAUCUGUUGAAAAACUGAUAGCUCUCUCUGGCAGUGUCCUUCUGACCCCUGGAAACACCAAUCUUGUUCUCCCAAGGAGGAAGCUCAUAUCACGUGUACAGGUGACCUACUAAGAGGCUGUCCUGAUAUGGCAGCAACCUGUACUGAGACUCCACAGCUUCGCCUGGUGGAUGGUGGCAGUCGCUGUGCAGGCAGAGUAGAGAUUCUUCACCAACAUUCUUGGGGCACUGUCUGUGACCAAAACUGGGACCUGAAUGAUGCUCAUGUGGUGUGCAGACAAAUGGGCUGUGGAGUGGCCCUCCAUGCCAUACUUUCUGCACAAUUUGGGGAGGGAUCAGGGCCCAUCUGGCUGGAGGACCUGAAUUGCACAGGAGAGGAGGACCAAGUGUGGAAGUGCCCUUCUCUAGGCUGGGGGCAACAUGAUUGCACGCACGAGUGGGAUGCAGGUGUCAUCUGUUCAGGUAACCAGACCCAGCUGCUGCCCCAGUGCAAUGAAUCCUGGCCUGACCCAACAGGCUCUGCAGCCUCAGAGGGCCACACUGCCAACUGCUCAGACAGCAGAGAGCUCCGCCUGGUGGACGGGGGCAGUCGCUGUGCAGGGAGAGUGGAGAUCCUGCAGCAGGGCUCCUGGGGCUCCAUCUGUGAUGACAGCUGGGACCUGAAUGAUGCCCACGUGGUGUGCAGACAGCUGGGCUGUGGAGUGGCCCUGGAGGCCACCAUCUCUGCUAACUUUGGAGAGGGAUCAGGGCCCAUCUGGCUGGAUGAGGUGAACUGCACAGGAGAGGAGGCCCAUGUGUGGCAGUGCCCUUCCCAGGGCUGGGGACAGCACAACUGCAGUCACAAAGAGGAUGCUGGAGUCAUCUGUUCAGAGUUCCUGGCCCUCAAGCUGGUGAGUGAGGACCAGGAGUGUGCUGGAUGGCUGGAGAUUUUCUACAACAAUACCUGGGGCAGUGUAUGCCGCAGCCCCAUGGAACCUGUGACCUUGUCUGUGAUCUGCAGACAGCUUGGCUGUGGAAACACUGGGACACGGAAUUUCUUGAUUCCUUCCAGGGAAGGUUUUAGACCACGCUGGGUUGAUGGAAUUCGCUGUCGAAAAACUGAUAGCUCUCUCUGGCAUUGUCCUUCUGACCCGUGGAAACACCAAUCUUGCUCUCCAAAGGAAGAAGCUCAUAUCAUGUGUACAGAGAGCCCACAGCUCCGCCUGGUGGAUGGUGGCAGUCGCUGUGCAGGCAGAGUGGAGAUCCUUCACCAGCAUUCCUGGGGCACUGUCUGUGAUAACAGCUGGGAUCUGAAAGAUGCUCAUGUGGUGUGCAGACAGCUGGGUUGUGGAAUGGCCUUCAAUGCCUUGCUCUAUGCACAAUUUGGAGAGGGAUCUGGACCCAUCUGGCUGACAAAGAUGGAGUGCACAGGAGAGGAGGACUACUUGUGGAAUUGCCCUUCCCUGGGCUUGGGAAAGAACAACUGUGGGCACUAUAAUGAUGCAGGAGUCAUCUGCUCAGGAUUUGUGCAUCUGGUUGGAGGACAUGGACUCUGCUCUGGGCGAGUGGAAGUGAAUUCUGGAGAAGGAUGGAUUCCAGUAUCUGAUGGGAAUUUCACAUUACCCACAGCCCAGGUUAUAUGUGCAGAGCUCGGGUGUGGCAAGGCUGCAUAUGUCCUGGGGAAUCUUCCCCUCAGAGAGGACAGUGAACAGGUCUGGGCUGAAGAGUUCCAGUAUGAGGGGCAGGAGCCUGGCCUCUGGUUCUGCCCCAGAGUGCCCUGUCCUGCAGGCAGCUGCCCCCACAGAGGGACUGUGCAAGUUGUCUGCUCAGGAUAUACAGAUGUUCGGCUCAUGAAAAAUGGCAGCUCUCAGUGUGAGGGUCAAGUGGAGAUGAAGACCUCUGGAGGCUGGAAAACACUCUGUGCCUCCCACUGGAAUAUGGCCAAUGCCAAUGUAGUUUGCCGUCAGCUGGGCUGUGGAGUCGCCAUCUCCACCCCAAAGGGAGCAUACUUUGUGGAAGGAGGAGAUAAAAUCUGGAGAGAUCGAUUUCACUGCUCUGGGUCUGAGUCCUUCUUGUGGAAUUGCGCUGUGACUGCCCUGGGUGUUCCUGCCUGUGCCCAUGGAAACACAGCCUCUGUGGUCUGCUCAGGAAACCAGACUCAGCUGCUGUCCCAGUGCAAUGACUCCUGGUAUGACCCAGCAGGCUCUGCAGCCUCAGAGAGCCACACUGCCAACUGCUUAGACAGCAGACAGCUCCGCCUGGUGGAUGGGGGCAGUCACUGUGCAGGGAGAGUGGAGAUCCUGCAGCAGGGCUCCUGGGGCUCCAUCUGUGAUGACAGCUGGGACCUGAGUGAUGCCCACGUGGUGUGCAGACAGCUGGGCUGUGGAGUGGCCCUGGAGGCCACCAUCUCUGCUCACUUUGGAGAGGGAUCAGGGCCCAUCUGGCUGGAUGAAGUGAACUGCACAGGAGAGGAGGCUCAUGUGUGGCAGUGCCCUUCCCAGGGCUGGGAGCAGCACAACUGCAGUCACAAGAAGGAUGCUGGGGUCAUCUGCUCAGAGACCCCAAAGCUCCGCCUGGUGAAUGGUGGCAGUACAGGCAGAGUGGAGAUCCUUCACCAGCAUUCCUGGGGCACUGUCUGUCACUACAAAUGGAACCUGAAAGAUGCCCAUGUGGUGUGCAGACAAAUGGGCUGUGGAGUUGCCAUUGAUGCCAUGCGCUAUGCACAAUUUGGGGAGGGAUCAGGGCCCAUCUGGCUGAACAGGCUGCACUGCACAGGAGAGGAGGACCAAGUGUGGAAGUGCCCAUCCCAAGGCUGGGGACAGCAGAACUGUGUGCACAUGCUGGACGCAGGUGUCAUAUGCUCAGGAUUUGUGCGGUUGGAUGGAGGAGGUGGACCCUGCUCUGGGCGAGUGGAGGUGAAUUAUGGAGGAGGAUGGACUCCAGUACCUUAUGGGAAUUUCACAUUAUCCACUGCCCAGGUCAUCUGUGCAGAGCUGGGGUGUGGCAAGGCAGCAUCUUUUCUCUUGGACCUGCCCCUCAGAAAGGCCAGUGAACAGGUUUGGGCUGAAGAGUUCCAGUGUAAGGGAUGGGAGUCUGAGCUCUGGUUCUGCCCCAGAGUGCCCUGUCCUGCAGGCAGCUGCCAACAUAGAGGGGCUGUGAAAGUCGUCUGCUCAGAGUACACAGAAGUCAGGCUCAUGAAAAAUGGCAGCUCUCAGUGUGAGGGUCAAGUGGAGAUGAAGACCUCUGGAGGCUGGAGAACACUCUGUGCCUCCCACUGGAAUAUGGCCAAUGCCAAUGUUGUUUGCCGUCAGCUGGGCUGUGGAGGAGCUAUCUCCACCCCAGAGGGAGUAUAUUUUGUGGAAGGAGGAGAUGAGAUCUGGAGAGACCGAUUUCACUGCUCUGGAUCUGAGUCCUUCUUGUGGAAUUGCCCUGUGACUGCCCUGGGUGUUCCUGCCUGUGCCCAUGGAAACACAGCCUCUGUGGUCUGCUCAGGUGUAGGUAGCCAGAUCCAGCUGCUGCCCCAGUGCAAUAACUCCUGGUCUGACCCAGCAGGCUCUGUAGCCUCAGAAGGGCACACUCUCAACUGCUCAGGUGAGCAAGGCCAUCAGCACGUGAGUCUUUCCAUUCCCUGUGUAAAUGCCCACUGA